CUAUUUGCUAUGGUAAUAUAAAAUAAUAAAAGAUCAAUGUCUAUGAAAAUUUAUAUUUCAUAUCUUUAUCAAACAUCAGUAAAUAGAUAUUUCUCUAUGCAUGAAAUGAAUUCAGUUUUAUUGAAAGAGAAAUUGUUAUAUAAGCUGAGUUUCUCUUUAAUGUUUAUUGAGCAUUUUCUUGCUAAACAAAGACAGUAUUUGAUGAUGACCAGCUGUAAAUCAUUUAAGCUACACAUUUUUCCCUUAUCAUGACAACACCAACAUAUCCCGGAUUUCAUGUCCUUACCACAGCUGCCAACACCGAGAUAUCACGGAUUUGUUAGUAAUCCAAUACACAACGCAGCACUGUCAUACUGAUAAGAAAUAAUUACCAGUGAAUGCAGGAGAAAUUAUCUUUGUUUCUAUAAUAAAGACUGGGGUCAAGUUAAACAUAAAUAAUCCAGGAUGGUGCAAAUGUUUUCAGUUUUAUUCAUUUGUUAAAAGUUCAGAAAAAUGGCAGAAGGGCAAAAUAGACGAAUGCAUGUGCAAGAUGUCUCAGAUGAUGAAAAUAUAUAUAAUUCUAGUUCUAGUGACACUGAUAAUUAUAAUGAUCAGUCAGAAAAUGAGCAGGAAAGUAUUGAGGAUUUAUUACAUAAUGCAAAUUUAGUGCAAGAACUGUCUAUUGAACAGUCCGGAAAGGAUGUGAUUUUUGACAUUGACAGUCACAAUGGAUGGCAAAGAGAAGAUCAUGAGCCAUCGGUGAUGCCAUUCGAAGGAAGACAGGGACUAAGAUGUGAUCUUCCAGACCAAGCCACACCUAUGGACUUUUUUUACCUGCUUUUUGACGAAGGAAUGUGGGAUAUUCUCGUCACAGAAACAAACAAAUAUGCACAAAGAAGAAUUGAAAAUGAAAAUCUGAAACCUUACAGUAGAUUGAACGAUUGGCGUGAUGUAACAGUUGAUGAAAUGAAGGUGUUCUUUGCACUAAUGUAA